CUAGAGACUGAAUAUAAGGCUUCUAGAGCCGCUUGUCUUGGUAUAGAGACUCCUGAAGAACUGCAGACAUGCUGAGGAUCCUAUUGCUGAGUGCUCUGGCCUCUCUGGUGCUUGCAGAGACCAAGCCCCAGCCGCGGUACAUCGAGGAUGUAGAAGGGAGGGUUGUUGGGGGAGAGGUUGCCCCCCCCCACACCUGGCCCUGGCAGAUCUCGCUUCAGUACCUGUCUAGUGGAAACUUCUACCACACGUGUGGCGGAACUCUGAUCAGGAGAGGAUGGGUCAUGACAGCAGCUCACUGUGUGGACAAGCAGCGGACUUGGCGCGUGGUUGUUGGCGACCACAACAUCAACGUUCACGAGGGCACGGAGCAGUACCUCAGUGUGAGUUACGUGUAUGUGCACCCUAACUGGGACCCCAACCGGCUUUCUAACGGCUACGAUAUCGCCCUACUCCGCCUCUCCACUGACGCUCUCCUCAAUGCCAACGUGCAGCUGGGCCCGCUGCCUCCCAACGGGCUGAUCCUGCCCAACAACAACCCCUGCUACAUCAGCGGCUGGGGCCGAACCCAGACUGGAGGUCAGCUCUCUCCCACAUUGAAGCAGGCCUACCUGCCUAUUGUGGACUACAGCAUCUGCUCCAGAAGUGACUGGUGGGGAGCCUCCGUAAGGACCACCAUGAUCUGUGCCGGAGGUGGCAAUGAGUCCGGUUGCCAGGGCGACUCCGGCGGCCCCCUGAACUGCCUGGUGGAUGGCAGCUACUCCGUCCAAGGUGUGACCAGCUUCGUGUCGGCCUCCGGCUGCAACACGCCGAAGAAGCCCACCGUUUUCACCCGCGUCUCCGCCUACAUCAGCUGGAUGGAGGGUAUCAUGGGCUGAAGCAGAAAAAAAAUCAAAGAUAAGAACUGAACUGCCAUUCCCCUCCCUUCAGGCCUAGAUACUGUAUAGCCCAGAUUGAUGGAUUACUGAAGAAUAAAAUUGCACGUCCUGCAUGAAAA